GGCCGUCUAGGCGGAACUUCCGGCGCACACCUGGCGACAGUCAUCUUGGUCUCUGCUGUCUGUGCACCGCACGCGAUUUUUCAGCGAUCAGUGGAGCGCGAGCUACAGUGAGCAGGAAGACUGGGGAGCCAGUGUUGUCCCCGCUGACGGAGACGGUUCUGAGGAUUGCGGAGGGCGCUGCGGCGUGACAGCAGUUACGGCAGAGUCCGUCUCUCCAGGCUUUACCCCACCUAAAGGCUUUGAUGGUGACGCUUGCCCGGAAGGACCCGGUUCAGGUACCUAUGGGUGCAGAAGUGCUUACUCACCACGCACAGGGCAGUGUGACCUUUGGGGAUGUGGCUGUGGACUUUUCCUGGGAAGAGUGGAAGCUUCUUGAUGAGACACAGAGACUCCUGUACUUGGAUGUGAUGCUCGAGAACAUUGCCCUUGUGGCCUCACUUGGACUUAUAUCUUCUCGGAUUCAUGUUGUUAAUCUGGAGGUGGGGGAACAGACCUGGGUACCUGACACAGCUGACUUAACUCCAGCCAUCUCCAGGGGUACUGGCUCUGGUUGUUGGUUUCCAAUGGAAGUUGAGGAGGCAUCUUCUCAAGGAGGGUCACAAGUCAGGGCUCUGAAUGCAGAUACUGCCACCCAGAAAGUCUACCCUUGUGAGGUGUGUGGCCCAGUGGUGAAGGACAUUUUGUUUCUGGGUGAGCAUCAGGAAAUACAACCUGGGCAGAAGCUGCACACAUGUGAGGCCUGUGGAAGACAACUGUGGUUCUUUACAGACGUCCUUCAGCAGCACGUUCAGGACGAGCACAUUGAAGAGAAAGAUGUCAGGAGGUGCGAGAAGGCUGUGUUUGUUAAUAGCUCUAGAGCACACACCUCAGUGAGUUCCUUUAUGUGCAUAGAUGAUGAAGAGGAUCCCCUGAGCAGUUCAAGCCAUCUGCAGCACCAGACCAGGGGUAACGAAGGAAAUCCACACACAAGCACUAGCUACAGCACAGCCUUUCAAACUAAGGACAGACUUUAUGAGUGCGAUGAAUGUGGGAAACUCUUCAGCCACAAAAUCGCUCUUGUUUGGCACCAGAGAAUCCACAGAGAAGAAAUGACUGAAAGUGAGAACAUCCUUAGACCAGACCCUGUCCUUAUUGCACAUCCAGGAAUUCAUACUGGUGAAAAGCCAUGUGAGUAUGAUGAACAUGGGAAGUUCUUUAGCCAAAGCUCCAAUCUCAUCUUACACCAGUGGGUUCAGUCUGCUAUAAAGCCUUAUCAGUGUGGUGAAUGUGGGAAAGCCUUCAGAUGCAAAUCCAGGCUUGUUCAGCAUCAGAGAAUCCACACUGGAGAAAGGCCUUUUCAGUGUACCAAAUGUGGGAAAUUCUUUAGACAGAGUUCUGUCUUUAUUGAACACCAGAGAGUUCAUACUGAAGCAAAACCUUAUCAGUGCAAUGAAUGUGGGAAAUUCUUUAGAAGUAAGGUAACACUGGUUCGACACCAUAAACUCCACACAGGUGAAAAGCCUUAUGAAUGCAGUGAAUGUGGGAAAUCGUUUAUUCAGAGCUCUUACCUUACUGCACACAUGAGAGUUCACACUGGAGAAAAGCCUUACGCGUGCAGUGAAUGUGGGAAAGCCUUCAGAAUAAAAAACAAACUUGUUCGGCACCAGAGAAUCCACACUGGAGAAAAGCCUUAUGAGUGUAGUGAGUGUGGGAAGUUCUUUAGAAGCAGAGUGAUACUUGUUCGGCACCAGAGAAUCCACACUGGAGAAAAGCCUUACGAGUGCAGCGAAUGUGGGAAGUUCUUUAGAGAAAGCUCCAGCCUUAUUUCACACCAGAGAGUUCACACUGGUGAAAAGCCGUAUGGGUGCACUGAAUGUGGGAAAUGUUUUAGCCAUAGAUCAAGUCUCAAUUUACACCAGCGAGUUCACACUGGAGCAAAACCUUACGAAUGCAGUGAAUGUGGGAAAGCUUUCAGCCGUAAAGAUGGACUUGUUCAACAUCAGAGAAUCCACAGUGAAGAAAGGCCUUAUGAGUGCAGCAUAUGUGGGAAGUUCUUCAAACAAAGCUCUGGACUCUUUGUACACCGGAGAAUUCACAGAGGAACAAGGCCUUAUCAGUGUAAUGAAUGUGGUAAAAACUAUAGCAGGAGAUCCCACCUUGUUCAGCACAAGAAAUUUCACAUUGGAUAAAGGCCACCUGAAUCUAACAAAGUGUGAGAAAGCCUAUAGCAAAAGCACCAUCCUAGUUUGUUAUAAAACACAACACUGGAGUAAGGCCUUCCUUAUGCAUGCAGUCUAUGUGGGAAAACCUACAGCAGCCAACACAUACUUCUACACUGGAGAAAGGACUUGAGCGUUGUGAACAUGGCAGAAGCGUUCAUAUACAAUCUGAUGCAGCACCAGAAAAUUCACAUUACAGAGAUUGUGCAACAGAUGUACAAAAUUUUUUAUAUAAACCUUCAAACGUGUUUAGUACCAGAGGGUUCACACUAAUGCAAAAUUUUAUGAACGUAGCAACUCUAGAACAUUCUUUACCUGUAAAAUCAUACUUGUUGGGCACCAGAGAAUGCACACCGGGAAAAGGAUUUAUGAGUACACUGAACAUGUGAAACUGUUUUGCCGAAGCUCUAGCUUUAUUGUACAUCAGAGAGUUCACAUCUGCUAGAAGAGUGGAUUGAAUGUGAAUAAUUUUUUAGCCAAGGCUCCCACUUCAUUUUACAACAGAGUUCACAUCAGGGCAAGGCUUUAUUAGUACAAGAAAUGUAGGAAAGCAUCUAGCCUUAAUCCAUAUUUCUUUAGGACCAGAGUCCAUACUGAAAAGUGGACUUCUCAUUUCUAAAAAAUGUGAAAAAUUAUUUAGGCCCAAGUGUAGCUUCAUUAAACAUUGGAGAAGUCAGUGCAUAGGAGGAAAGUGCAGUCACUGAAAAAGUAUCAGUCAGUGACUUCUACUCAUUUCCCACUGGAAAGGGUCUCAGAGUAGAGAAGAUGUGCUGUCUUGUUUAUUCAGUGUAGGGACAGACAAUUGGAGAAACACGCUGAGAAACCCUCAGCCAAAUGUUAAGUCUCAGAUCUGGACUCCGUACUGAAGAUUCCCUAUAAUUGUGCGGAACAUUCUCAGGACUGCAUUGCACAUUCUGAUCCCAUCUAAGGCCCUGGUUAUAUCAAUGCCAAUACUUUUGGUUGAAGGCUCCUCACCUCUGCCACUUGGCAAAUAUGAAUGCUAUAACCCCAAUAUGCUCAGUGAGCACACUCUUCGGUGGCCUUUAUCGUAUUCCCUGGAUGCAAAUCACAAAUUGUUUAAGCAUAAUUAUAGUUGGAACUGAAAGAGUGUAUAUGAAUAACAGUUGGGGGUCACUAUAGAAAGUUCCAAGGUUUUACUCCACGUAAAGGUGCUUCCAUAAAUAUUCUAGUCCAGUCACCAUAGCCCUGAGAGAUGAGGGUAUGCAGAUAUACUCAGGACCAUUGGACUUAUGUAUUACAUACCUAUGGCCAUGGUGACCGGCAGAGCAAAUAAUCUGGACAGUUUUUCUGGAUUCCCAUAGCCUGCUUGAGCUGUUCACUUCAAGGCCAAUGCUGCACUGGCAGAAAGGGGAGCCAGAGAAGAAAUACUAUAGUCGAAAUAAAAGACUUCUGUGUCUCAUGUAGAAAUACCCUUCACUGAUAGUCUUCCUAAAGGAUAAAAGAGAAUUAUAAUACAGUCAAUAUGUUUGCCCAGUCUGGUUUUUCAAGAGGCGUAGAUCUACAUUUUUACAUGGAAGCAUUUUUUUGAUGGUUUAUUAAGCUAUAAUUUUUUUUUUCUGGUACCGGGAAUCGAACUCACGCCCUCACGCUUGCCAGGCAGGCACUGUGCCGCUGAGCUAAAUCCCCAGCCCCUAUUGAGCUAUAAUUGAUAUAAAAUAGAGACACA